AUGCUAAAAGUUGUGUUCAAAGACCAUUUAGCAACUUAUAAUUUGUUCAACGCUACAAGAACGAUUGAUAUUUUGAAUUUAUUGCAUGGUGCUGGUUGUCUGAGUCGGACUGACCUUACUUUACUUUAUGAAACCAUAGAACUCACUAAGCAAAAUGGACUGGAGGAAGAAAUUAAGGAAAUGUUACCGUCACUCCCAAAUAUUAGGCCUAUUGAUGUUGAUAGGCCUUUUUCAAGGUUCUCACCUCUCAGGCAAAAAAUCGUAAUGUUUGGAUUCGAAUUGAAUAAUGAAGACAUAGAAGCAAUCGAUGGGAAUAUUAAUAUUCCAAACAAGGACUAUGUUGAUAGCUGGAGUAUGAUCAGCGAUUUAGAACACAGGCUGAUAAUUUGUGAAAAAGAAAUAGAAAAAUUCAAAGGAAUAUUGAUGACGCUUAAGCUCGAUAAUGCCAGAAAAGUAUUUGAAGAAGGUGUUACUCCAAACCGCAAACGGAAUAUUCGAACAUAUCAGGAUGAAGGGCCUAAAGAAAAGGAAAGAAAAGUAGAACAAUCAAUAGAAAGUCCAAUAAACGCUAACCCGGGAAGUAGUCUCCGAUCUGAUGUGGGAAGCAGUCUCCGAUCUGAUGUGGGAAGCAGUCUCCGAUCUGGUGUGUCAGUACAGAUGAGUGAGAAGAAUCAGGGGUAUAUAAUGCUAAGCUAUAACCAUACCCACCAGAAAGUCAUAAAAAUCAUAAGAGAUCGAUUGAGGGAACUGACUUACGACGUCUGGAUUGAUAUAGAGAAAAUGACUGGAUACGUUAAAAGUACGAUGAAGAAAGCCGUCAAAGAUGCUGGCAUAGUUCUCAUAUGUUUGUCAAAAAAAUACGAAAAAAGUAGGAACUGCAAAUUCGAAUGUGAUCGCAUUAAGGAAUACAACAAGCCUUUCAUUCCGCUGAUCAUGGAUGACUUUGACAAAAACAAUUCAUGGCUUGAAGACCUUAUUGAUGAUCGCGUGUAUGUACCCUUUAGGGAAGAGGCGAAACUUGACGAAGGCUUUACGAAACUGCAAAAAGAACUAAUCGGCAAUAAAUGGGAAGAUUUAGCUCCCAGAUCAGCCACUAAAUCUAAACAAGGAAACGUGAAAACAACUGACAGUUUGUCCCAGCCAAGCAGCGAUUCAAACAAGGACGGAGCCCUGCCUACCACACACACACAAAGCAUACCACCGACCGAUCAGAGUACCUCCGCUGAAGUGCCUCCGAACCAAUCGGCACUGGGCGAUAUCCACCAUCUCCCUUCUGAAGACAAGAAUCUUGAUGAGGAAGUACAACAUCCACAUCCAAGUGUGCUUCUACCCUCUUUUGUACAAACAGCAUCUCAGCCCACCACAAGUUUAAACCAAUUGCAAGUACCAGAACCAAGGUUUACAAGAAUGAUAGAAGACAUCUCAAAGAACAGCCGUGAAGACAUAAACAUAUGGAAAGUAGCCCUCAAAGAUCACAUUAAUGACGUCAGUAUAUUAGACAAAGCUGAAUGUGCAAAACCACUGUUAAAUACAUUAAUAAGAGGUUCAGUUCUAGAGGAAGGGGAUGUAAGCAUCAUAUUAGAGACCAUAAAACUAACAGGUGCUUUGCAUUUGAAGAAAUACAUCCCCAAUUGCCCACCACCUGAAAAUAUAGUAAUCACUCACUUUACAAAAUUUAGGCAAUCUGUUAUUGCUUUCGGAAUGAAACUCAAUAGCAAUGAUGUUGAGUUGAUUGCAGAGAGUUAUAAUCGCCGUUGUAAAAUUAAUCGUCAGUACAAUGAUAAAUGGUCACUGAUACGGGACUUGGAAAGAAAUGCCAUAUUAACGGAUGAUACUACUUCUUUGGAUGGUUUCAAAUCUGACUUAAAUAUGCUGGGACUGCAGGUAUUAAGUAAAUUGCUUGAAAAGAGUUAAAAUGUAUUUCAUAGUCAUCUAAUCCCAGCAUACAUCCAUGAAUUAAUAAUAAAUCCAUUUCAACAAGAUAUUUCGUGUCAGCGAAUAAUCGAUCUUAACUCAAAACAGAAGAUUUCACGCUAUUAUCAUUGCCUAGAGGUUUUCACCACUCCAAAUUUGUUAGGCAAUCAAGAUAAUUAACACAAGUAUCUAGAAUGACCCCCUGGGUAGGUUCUGAUCAUAAGAAAACCUUGAAAACUUAAAAUCUUGGUAAUUUGAACUCAUAGAGCACAUGGACCACAUUUUAUCACAACAAAGUUUAAAAAUGUACAGCACCAAAACAAUGCUAUACCAUUAUAGUUAGAAAAGUGAUAAUGUGAUAUAAGACUGCUACUACUCCAGAGAGCAGCCACAUUCCUAUCGUAAUACAUUGGGAAAAACUUGCAAAAAGAAAAAUAUUAAGUGAUUGUAAAGAAAAUUUAAUACGUGUAUAUAGAUCACAUUUUGUCACAACAAAGUACUAUAUGUAGAUCACAAAAUUUAAAAUCUUACAUAAUAUCGGGUCUGGAAGAUAAUGUAAGACGCCUACGAAAUACUCUUUCCACUAGCAACAUUCCUACCAUAAUUCAAUAUUGACGACGUUAUUUUACUUUCAAAUGAUAAUGUCAAUUUUGUGUAUAUUUCAUGGAAAAAUACAUCUUUAAUAAACAGCAAAAUGUGUUUAGUUAAUAUGUUAAUUACAGUAGAAAUUUGAAGUUUUAUGAUAACGUUUGCUAUGUCGGUGAACAACCAAGUGUUUAGUUAGUAUAAAGACUUCAGCAGGAAUUUUAAGUUUCAUAAUGUUUGUUGUGUGAAUGGACAACCAAGUGUGUUUAGUUAGUAGGCCUAUAUUAGUUUUAGUUGAAAUUGUAAGUUUCAUGAUAAAUUAUGUUGUGGUAAUGAACAACCAAAUGUAUAUUAGUUUCAGUAGAAAUUUUAAGUGUCGUGAUAAAAUUUGCUUUGUUAAUAAACAAAAAUGUUUUAGUUUAGUAAAAAAAUAUAGAAUUGCUUAAUGUGUCUUUAUAGAAAACAUUAGGCAGUAGUAAACUAUAUUGGUUGUGGUAAUUCAAAAUUAUUACUGUAGAUAUGUUAUCUUAAGCACAUUGUGUAAACUUUUAAUAUGUAAUAAAUGGUACACUUUUAUACUAAGGAUUAGAAUUUCCCAUAGUUUGGAUCAGUGGUGGCUCUAGGAUAUAUUUUCUGGGGGAGGGGGCUAAGUUGUCCGACAGGGGGAUUGAGCUCGUAGGCUCGCGGAAGAAGGGGAUGAGUGGGGGUUCCCCUCCUAAACAAGAUUUUUCUUUUAAGAGCAACCUCUGGAUGGCCGGAAAUGGCACUCUCAGACUAUGAUAGACAUUUGUUGGCUUGCUGUUGGCCUAUUUUUAUAUGUUUUAUGGUCUGACUGCCCGACGAGCUCUGUCCGGCAAGGGGGGGGGGUGGGGCUUGACCUGUCUGGUGGGGGACCUUAAACCCCCUGUCCCUUCGCUGGCGCCGCCACUGGAUAGGAUACAUUAUUGUAGAACUUUACUUUUUGGGAGUUGUCCAUACUUGACAGCGGUAGUGUUUAUAAGUAAAUUUGGUAUACUUAGAUUAGUAUGAAGUAUUUUCUUUUUAGGUAUGUGUUCAAUCGAUGUACAAACACAACUUUAUUAACAAUACAGGAUAUAGGAGCGAUGAUUUGCCACCUUACCUGACGUAUUAUCGUACCAAAUACUCAGUACGUUCCAAAAUCGCAAGUGAUUUGGGUAGGAUCGAACCCACGACCUCCAUAUAACUAGCCUAUGUAAUAAAAGGAUAACUGUAGAACUGUUUCAUUGAUAGUCCACCAAGCACAAUGAAUGUGAAAUUACUGCAAUGUUAUCAACAUGACAAUAAUAAUACGCAAACCAAGUAAAGCUAUUCAAAUAAAUAAGAUAAUUUGAAUAAAACUACCAACCACAAACCAUUAUGACACAGCAAUUUACUCAGGGUGACAUAAACGCCCCAUUUAAAUCUUUUACAGCCUCAAAACCCCAUUUAUGGAUCCUAAUUGCAGAUUUGUAUACAAAUUUUAGCACAUUUUUCAUGCUGAUCGAUCUCCUAUUCUUUCAACAUUUUUGAAGUCAAUUCAUUGUGGUGUUCAGGGCGGGUGUAACUUAACUUUUGUGAAAAUUACGUGUCGCCACCUGCAAACGUUGAUGAAAGCGAUUAGUUUUGUAUGUUUAGUGGUUAGUGUUAUACCCACAGUGAA